UGCAGAGAGAUGCCAAGGGCCAGUACCUGUUCGACCUUCUCUGCCACCACCUGAACCUGCUGGAGAAGGACUACUUCGGCAUUCGGUUUGUGGACCCCGACAAGCAAAGGCAUUGGCUGGAAUUUACCAAGUCGGUUGUGAAGCAGAUGAGGGCCCAGCCUCCCUUCACCAUGUGCUUCCGCGUGAAGUUUUAUCCCACGGACCCCGCUGCUCUGAAGGAGGAGAUCACCAGGUACUUAGUCUUCCUGCAGAUCAAGAGGGAUCUCUACCACGGCCGUCUCCUCUGCAAGACUUCGGACGCGGCUUUGUUGGCCGCCUAUAUCCUUCAAGCCGAGAUCGGGGACUACGACCCGGGGAAGCACCCGGAAGGCUACAGCUCCAAGUUCCAGUUCUUCCCCAAACACUCGGAGAAGCUGGAGAGGAAAAUUGCGGAGAUCCACAAGUCAGAACUGAGUGGGCAGACACCAGCUACUUCAGAGCUGAAUUUUCUCAGGAAAGCCCAGACUCUGGAGACCUACGGGGUUGACCCACACCCUUGCAAGGAUGUGUCAGGGAACGCAGCGUUUUUGGCCUUCACUCCCUUCGGUUUUGUCGUUCUGCAGGGAAACAAGAGAGUUCACUUCAUCAAGUGGAAUGAGGUGACCAAAAUGAAAUUUGAAGGAAAGACGUUCUAUUUAUACGUAAGUCAGAAAGAGGAAAAGAAAAUUGUUCUUACAUAUUUUGCCCCAACACCAGAAGCCUGCAAGCACCUCUGGAAGUGUGGGAUAGAAAACCAGGCUUUCUACAAGUUGGAGAAGUCGAGCCAGGUCCGGACGGUGUCCAGCAGCAACUUGUUCUUCAAGGGAAGCCGGUUCCGAUACAGUGGCCGCGUUGCAAAGGAGGUGAUGGAGUCCAGUGCCAAGAUCAAGAGGGAGCCCCCCGAGAUUCACCGGGCAGGGCUGGUGCCGAGCCGGAGCUGCCCCUCCAUCACCCACGGCCCCCGCCUGAGCAGCGUGCCCCGCACCCGGAGGAGAGCCGUGCACAUCUCCAUCAUGGAAGCUCAGUCCCGUAGAAAUGCAGGAGCCCAAAAUAGCCCUGACCCCGGGGCCAGCGGCACCAGCCCGCGGGCCGGCCCAGCCGCUGCCCGUGCCGCCAUGGUCAAGUGCCUGAUAAAGAUUAAAACCAAAGUCAGCGUCCACCUGCGGCUCAUCAACCACUGCUGCAGGGAGGUGAGGGUCCGGGUGCUGGCCCUGGGGCCACGGCUGCUGGCCCGGGCUCUGGGGGCUUUGCCGCUCCUCCCGGCUCUCCCCGGCCUCAGCUGCGAUGCUCCGCACAGCCCCAGGGAUGCACCCACACCAGUCCCUACUGACAGCCAGCGGCUGUUGGUGACGGUGACAAGUCACACGGGUGUUUGA